UUUUGAAUUUGUUUUGAUUAACUAACCGUUAGAGAAGUUUGAAUCUAAUAAACAUCGCAAAAGCUUUGUAUGUUUUUGCCUGUUUUGCUUUUAUUUGAUUUCUGAGAAACAUUAAUUGAAGUAACAUAUAACGGAAUCUACGUAUUGUAUACAGUAAAUAUUAAUGUGUCUAAAGUAUUCUGCAAAAUUCAAGCUGCUUUAGGUUAGUAUGGAAGAAACAGAAUUGGAAAUAAAAGCCAGGCGAGCCUCUAUACUAAAAAUGAAAUCAAAAUCUCCUGGAGGGCCCAGUCUUGACAUAACGUUAGCUACUAAAAGAAGGGUCAGCUUCUCCAGCAGAAAUCGUGUAAAACCUUUUGCUGCUGAUCAAGAUGAAAACACAAUCUGGGAUAAUACAUAUGAAGAGCAAGCUGAUGAAACCGAAUCAACUAGAUCAUCAACAGAUACGUUGUCUAAUUGUCAAAGUAAAUCUAGAAAUCAGCCAGAGUUUGAGAUUUGGCAAAACCUAGAUACUACUGUAAAAGGUGAAAUAGAAAUGGAAUUCACAAGUUGUAACAGUAUGAUGAAAAAUAGCUGCGUAAAUAUGGAGGUCAGCAAUUAUCUUUUGUCCAAGAACCCAGCCAAGGAGGAAACUAUCUUAAAUCAAUCUGUCAUGGAUUUUACACUUAUACCACCUGCAUUAGAGAAGUCUGUUAUACAAAAUAAUUACAUAACCAUGAAUCAAUCUUCUACCAUGGAAUUCACAUGUCAACAAUCUGAUUGCAUACAAGAUAAUGCAAUGCAGUCUACUAUGGAUAUGACAAAAGGAAUAUCUGAUUUUUUCAAAUAUCGUAAUAAUAAGUCAUUGACAGAAAUACCAAAUCACAGAAAAAUCAAUCAAGACGAAACAGUGUAUAAUACUGUUACAAUGGAUUUAACAAGAAUUGUCCCGCCAGUUUCGGCUCCUGACUUAGUGGUACCUAAAAUAAAUCCGCCAAUUUUUAAAGAUCCAGUUUUCAAUGAAUCGGCAACUAUGGAUUUCACAAAAACUGUCCCAACUGACCAACUGGAACCCCUCUUAGCACCUUCAAAGAUUAUUCCUGAAAAUAACUGUCAGAUGAAUGUUGUCUCAUAUGUGCAGAAAAGUGAAAAUAAUAUUGUGGGUAGGUUAAACGAUGAAGAAAUUGUUUAUAGAGACAAGAUUCCAUGUAUGCCUGAUAUUUCAGCAUUAGAGAAUGCUGUUCUUGUCAAACCUUAUUUUUACGAAGAGCCUGAUGGUCAACUAAAUAAGCCUAAAAAAGGUAUUCUAAAAGGUGUUUCCGAGUCUGCUGCAGAUCUCUCAAAGGCACCAUCAUCAGAUAAAAUGGAUAUACAUAUGCCACUGUGUAAACUAAACCUGACAGCAGUACAUAAUACAGUUUUUGAUAUAACUAUACCAAGUGUUAAACAUUCUUUCUAUGAAGAAUCAGGGAGUCAAUUGUGUAAGCCUCGGAAGGGUAUUUUAAAGACUGUUCCUGAGCCUGCUACAGAUCCGUCCAAGGUUGAAAUGUUAUCACACAAAAUAGAUAAGUCGGUCUGCGUAUCAGAAAACAUAUCCUUGAAACGCCUAGAAAGCUCUUAUGCAAACAAGAAUAUCUCUGGUACUCUGUCAGAUGAAAUUUCUCAUUGUCAAGAACCAGAUAGCCGAUUAUUUCAUAUAACACCUUGUGACAUGACUGUACCAAAUAAUAAACUCUGUUUUCAUGAGGAGCCAAGAAGUCAAUUGUGUAAAGCUGAAGAUACUCUGGUCCAAAAGACCAUCCCUGAAUCUGCUUCAGAUACGUCCAAGACUAGGGAGUCAUCAUGUAUGAUUGAUAGGUCAGGCUGUAUAUCAGACAAUGUAUCAAUGAAAGGACAAUUCUCUCAAUCUCAGUCAUUGAGUGAUAAUCUUGGUACCACAUAUACAAUCGCAAAAAAACAAAGUCUCGGCAAAACUUAUGUUGUAGAAAGUAACAUCCUCCCUGAUAAAGAAAAUAUACAUCCACUUCAAUCAGUAGAAAUAAAUAGUAUAGAGAAAAUUCGGCAGGUCAUAGCUCCUAGUACAGAUAAAGAAAAUAUCAACCCUUUGCAUAUUUUAGCAGCUAAGGUAGAUGAUACAGAAAAUAUUAAGCCAAUAAUGGUGGACGAUGAAGUUAUUGCUGCAGUUGAUAAAGGAAACAUUAAGCCACUAGUCAUGGCAGAUAAAAUACAACAUGAAAGUAUUGCUGUUGUUGAUAAAGAAAAUAUUAAUCGACCAGGAGUAGCAGAUGAAAGACACCAUGAUAUUAUAGAGAAAAUAAAUGAUAAGGAACAUGUAAUUCCUCUGAUGUGCCCAUUGAAGAAUGAAACUGAACUGAAGUCUAUACCACCCAUCAGUUAUGGUCCAAAUUCUAAAGAAGAACAACAACCAGAGUGUGUGAUACAAGUUACGUAUGAUGAACCUCCUUGCAAAAAAGUGCAUAUUAUGAAGGAAGAUAUCUCGUCGACAGAGAAGGAUGAAUAUGUAUUCCCUACUGAAGGAGACAGUUCAGGUUUACUUGAAAACGAUUUGAGUGCAGAAAUGCUUAUGCCAUCUCAGCAGUUGAAUGAAGAUAAUGCAUUAAAUAUUCUGUAUAGCGAAAAAAUUCAACCACCAGAAUUAUCUUCACCUGGAACUUCUGCUAUGUUGAUGUCUACAACGUCUUUCGCCUAUAAUAACAGUGAACUUGACACGGAUCAACUCAUCCACACUACAUUCUCCCAACCGGAUGACAGCAGUCCUGGCGAAUUUUCAAUACACUGUCAGAAUGUUUUGAAAAAACUAUCCAACUACCUACCAUCCCAAAGAAAAUCUAUCGACUUCGAUCGCAAAGAGCACAAUGAGAGGCAUGCUAAUUUAGUGAAAUCUUUCUACUGUAUAAGUAAGGAGAUGCAUGAUAUUUUAACUGAUUUUAAACUACCCGAAUUCAAAUGGGACUCUGAUAUGGUUGAACCAGAAGUAUCGAAGCCUGAAAGUGAAACAUCUACUAGUAUUCCCACCAGUCCUAUAAUUGAGGAAGAACUGGAAGAGGCUGUGGUUGUAAAGAAAACCAUACUUGAAAAAGUCCAAGAAGCUGCCAAAAGGGUGAAGGAUGGUCGAUGGUAUUUUCUAGGAAAUAACGAUAGUGAUUAUUACUUUGGAGCACUUUUCAAAUCCAUAUUCAUUAAAGUGAAUGUACAUCCAACGUCUGGCAUAGUUAACUCGUUCGAGACAGAUUUCAAUAGCGCAUUUGAUACAGCGAAUUUGGAACCAAUAUUCCACUACAACGCCAUAGUAUUAAAUUUCAAGUUGAAAAAGGAUUACUUAACCUCGGUGAUUGGAGCAAAAUAUGACAUAUUAACAUUUUUGGAUUACGUGCACUUGUCUGUCGAUGAAGUUCUGGAGUUCAAUGGCCAGUGGGUCAACCUCCAAUGUAAAUACCAAAAAUCACACAAGAUCAGGAUGACAAAAGAUUAUAGUGUUAUCGUUGAACUUCUGAACGCAGAGCACGUUAUAUGGUGGAUUAUAUCUUUGAAGCUAUCAGUCUCGAACGUUCCAGGACUGUGCGAAGACGUCACAGCUAGGGCUCAAUUGGGCGAACCAGUGAACGAAGAGUGCCUAAAAAAAAUUGCGAGGAGUAUCACGCCCGGAUCUCACUUUUUAUCUAAAUUUAUGUUAAAGUUGUCAGACUUCACAAAAAAACUUAUAUUGAGGUUGAAUUAUGAAAAGGAGGCAAGAGAUUUUAAAUAAUUCCAUUGAAUGAUAAAAGAAAUUUUUUAUUUUUGUAUAUAGACUGGUAUACACUAGACUAUUUUUUAUGAUUGUGCUGAUUGGAAACACGUGUAAUGAUUAACGGAGACGAGUAUUAUUUUUACGGCCUGGAAUUGGGAAAUUUUUGAUAAAAUGGUUUUGUGCUGAGUAAGAUUUUGAAAGAACAGAAAAGCUAAUAUAUGCAUAAAAUAACUGUAUUUGGUUUAAAACACUUAUUUAUAAUAUCAGGUAAGUUGAAAAUCAUAAAAUAAAAUAUAAAAAAAUAACCAUAUACACAAACAUUACAUCUCGAACAGCUUCCGUAAAUCUUGAAUAGUCAGUUUAUUUGCUGCCACUUGUUUUGAGCCAGUUAACAUGUUGUCUGCUAUACCCAACUUAUUUUGUUGUAAUUCCAAAAUCCUCUUUUCAAUUGUGUCUGCUGCCAUAAACCUGCAAGUAGUGAAAACAUUAUAACAGACAAAAAAAACAGCACUUGUAAAUUUGAUCCUCAUGAAUCGUUAAAAGCAAUUUAAAAACUCCACAUCAAACUUAUUAACUAUCUUCAGGGUGACAGUGUUUUGUUCUAAAAAUUACAGUGUUUUUGAAACUCCACUUACUUGUAUAUAAAGACGGGUUUUUGUUGACCAACUCUAUAAAUACGAUCCUGCGCUUGAUUUUCUAGUUGAGGAUUCCAGUGCAAGUCCAACAAGAAAAGAUGGUUUGCACCAACUAAAUUUAAUCCUACUCCUCCAGCAGUUAAUGAUAACAUGAGUAUCUGAAAAUUAAAAAAAAUAUAUUUUAUUGGAUUAUUAUUUCGACCAGAGAGAUCUACCGACACCAGUAUGUAUAUAUUGCCUAUUUUGCCGAUUAUGAAUCAGCCGAAAUGACUGCCGAUAUAGGCCGAUCCAUAUAAACUAAUUAAUAACGUUUUAUGUUACUGAACUGAAGAAAAAUACAAUACCGAGAAAAAUAUAUUUCAAUUGUA